UUAUUUGGCCUUUUUACAUUAUCUUACUCUGAAUGUUGCCCCAGGCUCAUUCUCAGACAAGCCAGAAUGCGAAUCCAUUCUCAGUGUAUCAGCAGACGUAUGGAGCAGAGGUGGAUCUCAGCCCAUACAGUUUUAAUCUUCAGACUUUCCUAGCAUAUCCUUACUUAUUCAGAGGGACUACAAGAUCAUGACAGCUACAGCUUAACGAGUAUAAUCAAUAUUUAUUGAGAAAUCGCCAGGAUUACGAUGCUGAUACUCCUCCAAGCGCCGAAACUUUAAAUGUUCUUGAUCAGAUUAGCAGCUACUCAUAUUUAUCCUCUCACAACGAGAAUGACUUCACAGGUUAUGAGAGAUGAAGGGACGAGUUCAGCCAAAGAUAUUAUGUAGUUCACAGAAAGGAUCAGCCCCAUAUCUUACAUUUUGGAAUGUGCAUCCCUAGUCAGUGCACUCCUGACGAUGUUCUGUAUAUCAUUAGGGGAAUCAGAAGGGUCAGAGCUGCCUUUGGCGAUCAGAAUGUCAAUAUUGAAGGUGCUUCACUUGGAGCAUUAGAACUUCUUGACGAUAGUUUUGAGUUAAGAGUUUAUGACUCAGAUGUAAUGAAUGAGGAUGCAAAGGACGUGGAGUUUGGACAUGUUGUAUUCUGGAGCUUCUUUGGGAUAAUGGCUUUACUCGUCAUAUCAGCUACUGCUUAUUCAAUUUUCAUGCAAGCAAGAGAGGAGGCUGAUAUCAACGACAAUCUUAGAGCUCAAGGAGCUCGGAACUUCUCUGAACGUCUAAUAUUAGGUUUUUCUCUUGGUCGAUCCUUGGAGAAGUUGACAAAUACCAGCAGCAGGCUUGGCGCAAACACUCUUGAACCGCUGCGUGGGUUCAAAUUCAUGUUCGCAGCAUGGCUUUCCAUCGGGAUAUAUGCCUAUGUGGCAUAUUUGCCACUGAAGGAAUCUGAAAAAUUAGAAAAUGAGCUAUCGAAGGAUUUACUCACUGUGUUUGGUAAAGCUGUAAUAUUUAUGACUGAUGGACUACUUUGGAUCAGUGGUGUUUACACUGCCUACGGAUAUAUCUACGAGCAGGUUGAAGUCAGAAAUGUUAUCAGUGAAAGUUGGAAAGAAAGGCCAUUAUCAGAAAAACUGAGCAUCUUCGGUCUAGACAUUCUUAAUAAAGUUGGAAAGUUAUGGUUCCUGUCUCUUAUGUCAAUUCUCAUUUUUGGUUGGGCUGGCCCAACUAUUGGCAAUGGUCCUGUCUUUUCAGAGCAGUAUUAUUAUAAUACAAGGAAAAUGAAUGAUUAUUGGUACACAUAUCUAACAUUUACGAAUAACUUCCUUGAAAUUCAAAAUCAAGGACUCAUUUGGGGAAGUUUUAUUGCCACUGAGGUCCAGUUAUUUAUCUGAGCACUCCCUUUCAUUAGAAUGCUAAUAAACCGAAGAACAAUGGGAAUGGCUAUACUUUCAUUUUUAAUGAUUUGAUCUCUUUCUGCAUCUUUUGUAUGGUCUAUCACCAAAGAUGUAAAAAUUUCGGUGAUUAGGGACGCUUAUCAAGUCAUGGAAUAUCAGCAGAAAUUCUUCUUGAAAGCAUUCCCUUACUGCAUGGGAAUCUUUACAGGUCUAUUUACGUGGAAGGCUCAUCACGAAGAGAAUGAAGGAACUAUGUUUCAACAGAUUGUGGAAAAAAUUGAAGAGAAUAAAGCUUUUAGGUAUAUGAUGCACUUUUGUGGAGUCUCUAUGAUCCUACUUGUGAUAUUUGCUCUUCAUCCAAUUGAUCACGACAGAGAUCAUGAUAUUGAUGCUGUGAGUGCGGUCUUACUUACAGCUUCUCAGAUUUUAAUGCCUCUUGGACUAGCUCUGAACUUUAUCCCAAUGGUGCUGAACCGAUCUGAAAUUUUGAAAUCAAUAAUGGGAAGUAGGCUGUUGAAGCCUCAUUCAUCUCUAUUGUUUAUAAUGAUUCCAGCUAGUGGAACUUUAACUUUCUCUAUAUUUUACACUCAGCAAGAUGGAGAAUACUUCUCCUUUAGGAUAUACAUCAUUCAUGUGUGUGCCCAUUGGUUACUCUUAUCUCUAGGAUCAUUUAUUUUAUGGUGAUUGGUAAUCUCUCCUCUUUACAACAUGUUUGACUCCUUCAUUGACUACUUCAAGAAUUCAUUCGGAUUAGGAGGAGGUAACGAAGAUAUUGAUGAUCAACCAGACAAGCUUUAUAAGUUGUCAGAGGAAAAUAGUGAUGAUGGCAGUCAUAGGGACUAUGACGAAGAUGAUCCUCCAGGCCCUUAUGAAAGAAACUCCUUCUCUCAAAAUGUUGAUGAAUAA